UUAUACGAAAUAGACACAAUGAUGGUCUCAAGCAGAAAUCUUCCCAACAUAUUGUGCCGGAUAGGCUUAUCAUUCCGCAAGUUGUCCACAUUUACACACCACAAUGGGGUUGGCACAGUGCUGUUGGACAACGAGAAAACACGGAACUCCCUUUCGCUGGACAUGAUGGACAGCAUUUUGCGAAACAUUGUUAAAAAUCAACAUCAACCCGAUUUGCGGUGCAUUGUGCUAGCAGCCAAGGGACGCGUUUUUUCCGCCGGCCACAACCUGAAAGAGCUGACUCCGGAACAUGGUUCGGAUGCUCAUUUGCAGGUGUUUCGCAAGUGCUCUGAAUUAAUCGCCCACAUACGAUCGGCCCCUAUUCCGAUCAUCGCCAAGGUUGAUGGUUUGGCCGCCGCUGCCGGGUGCCAGCUCGUGGCAUCGUGUGAUAUCGCCGUGUGCAGCGAUAUUAGCACCUUUUCCACACCGGGGGCAAGCUUCGGUAUUUUCUGCUCAACGCCGGGAAUUGCUGUGGUACGUGCCGUGCCACGUAUGAAAGCCUCGCAUAUGCUGCUGACGGGGCUCCCAAUCGACGCCGCGGAAGCGCUUGGUGCGGGACUUGUUAGCAAAGUGGUGCCGCAAGAGCAUUUGGACGAAGAGGUCGAAAACAUUUGCAAAGCUAUCGGAUCGAAAAGCCGAUCGGUUAUUGAGCUCGGUAAAAGGUUUUUCUACGAGCAAUUGUCGCUGGAUGUUAACGUAGCCUAUAUGCGGGGCGAGCAGGUAAUGGUAGAUAAUUUGGCCACCAAAGACGGCCGAGAGGGAAUUAGAAGUUUUGUUGAAAAACGAAAACCCAAAUGGUCGCAUGAAAGCUAGCGAAAGACAGCAGGUGAAAUUGUUACGAAACGGUUGUUACAAAUAAAUAAACUUUAAAAUAAU